AUGUCUGACUGGACUAACGAAGAUGCAAUUGCAUUUAUGGAGCUUUAUCAAACUAAACCUAUUUUAUGGGAUCCAAAGCAUCGUUGGCAUAAAGAUAAGGCCAAAGUAAAUGAUGCUUGGGUCGAAAUUAGUAAUGUGUUCAACAAACCAAUUGAUGAACUGAAAAAUAAAAAAAAUUCCAUCAUGGCAACGUUUCGUGGGCAUUUAAGGAGAAAAAAGGCGUCGAUCAGAUCAGGAGCCGGGCAGGAAGAUAUUUAUAAGCCAAUAUGGUUUUUAUAUAAUCUAAUUGAAAGUUUUAUGGGAAAUAUUAAUGAUUGCAACGCUACUUUGAACACAGAACAGGUAUGUACAUAUUUGGUGGAUCGUGAAGUUAACGUAGAGUGGUACACUGUACACAUUUAA